AUGUCUUCCAUGUGCUGCACGUCCAAGACUGUACUGGCCUUGAGAAACUGGUUGCCUGGGUUUGCCCUCGCCACCCAAGCUGCUACUACUUGCUGUCCCACCUCUUCUCGAACAACGAUCGUCAUCCUGGGAAGAAUCUGGGGACGAGAGCAGGGUUCCCGCCAGCAACCGUACCCCUCUCUGCCGUGA